AUGGCUCUGUACUUACUCAACAUCUCUGCUGACGGUCAUUCUGACACCCUGCCGUAUGAAUCCUAUGGUACGUGCAGGAAUAGCACCAUUGAAUAUUUUGUUGAAAGUAUAAACCGCUGCUGCAGCAAAUGCAGUCCAGGUACUCGAAGGAAAACAGAAUGCACUACUGUCACAGAUACGGGCUGUGAGAAAUGCCAAGACGGAAUGUACACAGGCUUUAAUUAUUACCCUAAUUGCUUUAGAUGCAGUAAAUGUGAUGCAGGAAAAGGUCUGGAAUAUAAGAAGGUUUGCACAAGAGAAAGUGAUGCAUUGUGUGUUUGUAAGCCUGGCUGGUUCUGCACCAUGGACUAUGAAGCGCCAGUUUGUUCCCAGUGCAAAAAGUACAAACAAUGUCCUGCUGGCAAAGGAGCCAAAUCACCAGGGAAGCCUGACAGCGACAUACAGUGUGAUUUUUGUCCAGAAGGAACAUUUUCUAAUGAAAGUAGUAGCCUGCCUUGCAAGCCACACACACGGUGUGACCUACAGGGAAAAAGUGUGCUCCAAUCUGGCACUUCGACAAAAGACACUAUUUGUGGACCAAGUGUGAUUAUAACCACCAGACCAGUUACUGCUCAUCAAAUUUACUCCUCAGUCCAGACUACAGAAGAAGUGUUUUCACCCACAGUUGGCCUAACCACAUCUUUACCUUCUGCUACUAAUGUCCAACAAGAUUUUCUGACCACUUCCACCAAAGUGUCUCCAUCACAUGUUCCUGGAGAGAAUACGUUUCUCUAUUGGAUUGGUCUGGCUGCUUUUGCUACUGUUGUGAUACUACUUCUGCUGAUUGUGGCUGCUUGGAAUUGUCACAGGAAAGGUAUAUUGACAGAUACAUUGAAACCAGCAGUCAAUGGCGCCAGUGCGACAGGACAGGGUUCUGACCCACACGGGCUCUACAGCCCAGUAGAACACGAGUUUCUUAUAUCAGAGGGUAAAACUGACCCCUCAACAUCAUCCUCAGACAGCCACAGCCAGAGCACAGGAAUCAGUCAGGACUGCAAUCAUGUCGAGCUGCCAAGCGUUUCCAAUCAAUGUGUGAACCUCAGCUUCACAGCCACAUUUAACUGCCAGGUAAACCCAUCCUCAGGUACAUGCUCUAUUCCCAUCAGUCCUUGCAUGCAGCCAGUGGAGGAUGAGUUUCCACUUUCUGAAGAGGAAGAGCUGUGCAUGUCCUCGCAAGAAGAGGAUGGCAAAUGUGCCUUACCGUCAGUGCAAGAGAGUGAAAUGACUGUACUGAAGGUUUCGGAAAGUCCACCAACUUCUCUCUAUUGUCAACGGUGA